CUUUGCACGGUGCUGGUGUCGGUGCUGCUGGUAAGCCGCGCAGAGCUGGUUACUCUUGUGCAGGAACCUGUCCGUCUUGAGUCCCCCAUGCUGAAGCCUAAGGUGAUGAUCACCAUCCUAGCUCGCAACGCGGCGCACAGCCUUCCCCACUUCCUCGGCUGCAUCGACAGACUGGACUACCCGAAGGAUCGGAUCGCUAUCUGGGCAGCGGCUGACCACAGUGUGGAUAACAGCACAGCCAUGCUGCGGGAGUGGCUUCAGAGGGUGCAGGGCCAGUACCACCACGUGGAGUGGAGACCCAUGGAGGAGCCUCGGUCCUACGCGGAUGAGCUGGGGCCGAAGCACUGGCCGGCCUCGCGCUUCACCCACAUCAUGAAGCUGAGACAGGCAGCCCUGAGAGCAGCCCGGCAGCAGUGGGCCGACUACAUGCUGUUUGUGGACAGCGACAACCUCCUAACGAACCCCCGUGUCCUGACAUUGAUGAUGGCCGAGAACCUGACGCUGGUGACUCCCAUGCUGGAGUCUCGAACCCUGUACUCCAACUUCUGGUGUGGCAUGACCUCUCAGGGGUACUACAAGCGCACCCCCGACUACAUUCCCAUUCGCCAGUGGAAGCGGCCCGGCUGCUUCCCGGUUCCCAUGGUGCACUCCACCUUCCUGCUGGACCUGCGGCGGCAAGCAAGCCGAGCCCUGGCCUUCCACCCGCCGCACCCUGACUACAGCUGGAGCCUGGAUGACAUCAUGGUGUUCGCCUUCUCUGCACGGCAGGCAGAUGUGCAGAUGUACGUGUGCAACAGAGAGCAUUAUGGGUAUCUGCCAGUGCCCCUGAAGGCCCAUCAGACUCUGGAGGAGGAAGUAGAGAGCUGUGCUCACACCAUCACAGAGGCCAUGAUCGAAGACCCGCUGGAGCCAUCACAGUACCUGCACGUUCCCCCAAAACCUCAGGACAAGAUGGGCUUUGACGAGAUCUUCCUGAUCAACCUGAAGCGGCGGCUGGACCGCCGGCAGAGGAUGCUGAGGACGCUGGAGGUGCUGGGCAUCGAGGCCACGCUGAUAGAGGCGGUGGAUGGCAAGGCUCUGAACUCGUCUCAGCUGCAGGCCCUGGGUAUAGACAUGUUGCCGGGAUACAAGGACCCGUACUCUGACCGUGUGCUGACCCGUGGGGAGAUCGGCUGCUUCCUCAGCCACCAUCACAUCUGGACACAGGUGGUGGAGCGGAGGCUGCAGCGGGUUCUGGUCCUGGAGGACGAUGUGAGGUUUGAGCCCAGGUUCCGGAGCCGGCUGCUGGCUAUCAUGGAGAACGUGGAGCAUGUGCAGCUGGACUGGGACCUCAUAUACGUGGGGCGCAAACGGCUGCAGGUGAAGCAGCGUGAGCAGGCGGUGGAGGGCGUGAGUAACCUGGUGGUGCCCGACUACUCCUACUGGACCCUGGGCUAUGCUCUAUCACUGCAGGGCGCCACCAAACUAGUGCACGCUCAGCCCUUCGGCAAGAUGCUGCCCGUCGACGAGUUUCUGCCUGUGAUGUUCAACAAGCACCCCAAAGAGGAGUACAUGGAGCACUUUGAGCCGCGGGACCUGCGGGCGUUCUCAGUGGAGCCGCUGCUCCUGUUCCCCACGCACUACACCGGCGAGCCCGGCUACAUCAGCGACACAGAGACCUCCACCAUCUGGGACAACGAGGCAGUGAGCACAGACUGGGACCGGGAGCACAUCCACAAAACCGGCAAACAGGGAGACAUCCACCCCACAGCCCAGAACAGCGUCACUGGAGACGCGCCUUCUCCUGCUGCCCGCUCCAGCCGAGACGAACUCUGACGCCCAUGGAGAGAGACUCUUAAACACACACACACAUACAC